AUAGGACAUGUUGUAGUAUAGACUGUACUGUAUUUUAAACUAAAGUGAGAAGCAAACAUAUUUAUUACAUUUGUUGUAUUUACGUGGUUGUAGUUCUAGGUCUGGUCCUCUGCUGUUUUAUAAAUAUGUCUUCAUCCAAGUUAUCUACCUACUUUCGUGUAAAGAAAGAAUCUAGCGAAUCAUCAAAGAAGAAAAGAAAUAAACAAGAAAAGAUUCUGCCAAAACGAACAGCAACAGAGCCUGAACUGACUGCUGCAGAUAUUUUGCAUCAGAAACAACUGCAGGUGUUGCGGGCAUUUGACCUCAAGUGGGAGUAUGGGCCCUGUGUAGGUGUAAGUAGGCUAGAGAGGUGGGAACAUGCUGAGCAACAUAACCUAAACCCCCCACCUGCUAUAAAGAAGUUAAUUGAGGAUCAUAUUGAUGAUGAAACUUACACCCAGUGUGUGUGGAAUGGCUUUGAGAUAUGACAUGUUUGUGAACUCUGGAGAGGGAAGAACAAACUACCAAGGCUACACAAGGAAGACACUUGGUGAAUUGGAAUUUACCAUAAUCAUCUAUUGAUCAAAGGAAUGUACAUUGUGUUAAAUCCAUUACAUGAAGUAAUGUUUAAUGGCACAAAACAAUGAUGGCUUCUAUUUGUUACGCGUACAUCGCAGAGAACGCCAUCUUGUGUUUAUAGGAUCUUUGAGAAACAUUUAAUGCUGGAAUGAAUAUUGCAAUGCGCUGUGCACACUGGCAAGUUUCUUGUGACAGAUAUCUGUGAUCAACCCAUAUAUGGGCAUGAUGAUAAUGAUGUAAUAUCACACCCAUAUACAGGUAAAUUUUAUCGGAAAAUUUACCUGUAUAUGUAUAUGAUGUAAUAUCACACCCACAGGUAAAUUUUAUCUGAAAAUAAAUUUACCUGUAUAUGGGCAUGAUGAUAAUGAUGUAAUAUCACACCCAUAUACAGGUAAAUUUUCAGAUUAAAUUAAUAGUGUUAUUAGAGAGCUUACUGUACCACAAGGACCAAAUAAUGUUUGAAUUGAAAAACAAUGACUGAGCAAAUAAUUUGCGUUCUUUUUCAAAUUAGCGCAAACAAUCCCAUGUUUGGAAGGUUUGUAAAUCACUGUGUUCAUUCAAGUGAUUAUAUUUUAUUUAGGAGUUACAUUAAUACUAUUUUAAGAUCUGUUAUAGUUUUAUAAUAGUAUUUGAAAAAUAUAAUGUUUUAUAAUAGUUGAUUUUAACAAAGCAAAAUGAGCUACAUAUGAUUCAUAUCAUAUAACUAUAUGGUAGAAUUCCAUGUUGUGUUGAGUUUCGUAGAAACUGAAUUUUCUAUAAAUAUGUAAGUACAGUAAAUGAUCCAUUGACGUUUAAAUUAAAAAUGAAUGAAUGAUAUAUAAUAAAUAUACUGUAUGCGGUGCAUUUGGGAUGUGAUGUCACAAGGAAAGCAAUACUGUAUGUAGAUUCUAUUGGUGUUUUCUUAUAGUAUUUUAACAUGUUUAAAUUUUUUUCAUAUUUCUACAUAUUUAAGAAGAAGUUAGUACAAAGAUUUUAAUAGCAUAAUACAUUAGUUGUAGUGAGUGCUGUAUUGUUAUUAUCACAAUAAAAUGCAAAAACCAUUGUA